AUGUUCGCUGCCUCUGCGCGAAACCGUCUCUCCACCCUGUCCAGGCCCCGACUCCCUCCGACAUCACAGCUCGCCCGCACGACCCUCGCCAUGGCCCCUGCUCGGAAAGCGUCUUCGGUGCCUGAGGGAUACAAGGAGGAUCUCUCCAAGGGCAAAAUGCUGCGCUUCGAGGACUCCUUGCCCCGUCUGCCCGUUCCCUCACUCGAGGAGACCGGCCGCCGGUAUUUGAAGUCCGUUCACCCGUUGGUCUCCCAAACCGAGUUCGAGAACACCAAGAAGGCCGUCGAGGCGUUCAUUCGCCCCGGCGGCGAGGGCGAGCCUCUGCAAAAGCGCCUCUUGGAACGUGCUGCGGACCCUAAGAUGAAGAAUUGGAUUGCUGAGUGGUGGAACUCCGCUGCCUACCUGAGUUACCGUGACCCCGUCAUUCCAUACGUCUCCUACUUCUACUCUUACCGUGAUGAUCGUCAGCGCCGUGACCCCGCCAAGCGCGCUGCUGCUAUUGCGACAGCCGUGCUCGAAUUCAAGGGCCAGGUUGACUCUGGUUCCCUCGAGCCUGAGUACCUGCGCGGUCAGCCCAUGGCUAUGAACUCGUACGAGUACAUGUUCAACUGCUGCCGUGUCCCUGGUGAUGUUGAGGACUUCCCCCGCAAGUACCCUGCUGCUGAGAACGAGCACAUUGUGGUUGUGCGCAAGAACCAGUUCUUCAAGGUUCCCGUCGUUGUCGACGGCCAAGCUUUGAACAUUUCCGAGCUCGAGCAGCAGUUCCAGCGCAUCUAUGAGGUCGCUCAGCCCGCGCCGCCGGUCGGUACACUGACUGUGGCUGACCGUGAUCACUGGAAUGCUGCCCGUAAGACCCUUGUCUCUGCCGACCCUGCCAAUGAGCAGAUUCUGAAGGAGAUCGAGUCCGCCGGCUUCGUUGUGUGUCUUGACGAUGCCAAGCCCAUCACUCUGGAGGAGCGCGCUCACCAGUACUGGCACGGUGAUGGCGCCAACCGCUGGUUCGAUAAGCCUCUGCAGUUCAUCGUCAACGACAAUGGUACCGCCGGUUUCAUGGGCGAGCACAGCAUGAUGGACGGCACACCUACCCACCGUCUCAGCGACUACGUCAACGACGUGAUCUUCAACAAGAAGAUCGACCUCUCCCCCAAGACCGUUCGCUCCCAGCUGCCCAGCCCUCGGCCCCUCACCUUCAACCUCAAUGAGGCUGCCAACGAGGCCAUCGACAUCGCCACCCAAUAUCACCGCAAGCAAAUCGGCGCGCAUGAGCUUGUUGUCCAAGCAUAUCAGGGCUACGGCAAGGGCCUGAUUAAGAAAUUCAAGUGCAGCCCCGACGCCUACGUCCAAAUGGUCAUCCAACUCGCCUACUUCAAGAUGUAUGGCAAGAACCGUCCCACCUAUGAGUCCGCCUCCACUCGCAAGUUCCAAGAGGGUCGCACCGAGACAACCCGCACUGUCUCCGAUGAGAGCACUGCCUUCUGCAAGGCCUUCGCCGACCCCAACGUGUCCCGUGAAGAAGUCGUCAAGCUGUUCCGCGCCGCCCUCGCCCAACACACCAAGUACACACUCGAAGCCAGCGACGGCCGUGGUGUCGACCGUCACCUCUUCGGUCUGAAGAAGCUCCUUCAACCCGGCGAGAAAUUGCCCUCCAUCUACGAAGAUCCCGCAUUCACCUACUCUAGCUCCUGGUAUAUUUCCAGCUCCCAGCUGAGCUCCGAGUUCUUCAACGGCUAUGGCUGGAGCCAGGUCAUUGAUGACGGUUUCGGAAUUGCCUACAUGAUCAACGAGAACAGCCUAAACUUCAACAUCGUCUGCAAGCGUCUCGGUGCGCACCGUAUGAGCUACUACCUCAACGAGGCUGCUAAUGAAUUGCGCGAUGUUCUCAUGCCUGAUUUGGCUGCUCAGCCCGAGAAGGCUAAGCUGUAG